UGUUUGUGGUAAACGUGGGCGCGGGCCCGCGGCUGAGUGAUGUUGAGGCUUUCUCUGAUGCGCCUUAGCAUCGACUGGGGUCAACCACCGGCAUGCCAGUCUUCGAGGCACUGCCGUAUGCAGUGCAAUGACUAUGAUGCAUGAGCAAGCUGUGACCCACCUCUCCCGCUGCGGAAGACGACGAUGAUGGCGGUGUUGGAGAGCACUCCUCUUAUACCGCUCGGACCUGGCCUUGGCUGCUACCACUGGCGUAUACCUUGAUCUCUAUCGAUACCACCGCACGACACGGCUUAUUUAUCUACUACUCUAUUUUCUGCAUCAAAUACUACUCUGUCUACCGCACACACGAUGCAAGAAAUCGGCACACUGGUCGUGGUCGUGCUGAAGGCUCGGAAUCUAUCCGAUAGGCACUCCUUCUACAAGCAAGACGUCUUCUCGCAAGUAGCGAUAGGGGGCAGCACGAAAGCCACCAAGAUCGAUGUCAAAGGCGGGCAGCACCCUGUCUGGGACGAAGAGCUUCGUUUGCCGAUAUACCAGAAGACGAAGCAGGAGGACAGGAUCAUGGAGGUGAGCUGCUGGAGGAAGGAGCCCCGCAGUGCGGAGUGCAUCGGGAAAGGCACUGUGAACAUCGAGGAGACCUUGAGGACAGGAGAGUUUGACGACUGGGUGAAACUCGAGGAGAACGGCACCUACCGCGGGGAGCUCUACCUCGAGAUGACCUACUUCGCCACGGGCCCUGCGCCGCUGCAGCGGCGGAAGACGAAGAUGCCCGCCUCUGAACGACUCGUACGGUCCUCUCAGGCCUAUGCCUACCCAGCUCUACAGCAGAACCAGUCCCCGCCCGCAGCGCGCGCAUCGCGUCCGUCGACUUCGCCUUCGCGCGUCCCACCUGCAGGACCGACUCCAGCAUACAACGCGGGUGCGUCUGGCCACCUUUCGCCGCCUACGUCCACACAUACGUCGCCUCGCACAUCGCCGCGGUCGAAGUACGAUGCGCUCCCGCCGAUCCCGCAGGAUCACCUCUCCCCUCAGAGCAUCCCCGACAUCCUUCGUCCGGGCAACCCGAAGGGCGACGUCCACUAUAGCGAGAAGCCCCAUCCGCGGGACUCACCGUACUCGCACACUAGCCCCAGCCAUACACCCACGCCUCCUGCUUACGGCGCAUACACCACUAUCAGCGCGUCGCAGCCGCAUUCCCCACCUCAAGCUCCAGUUGCGAUCCCUCCUUAUUCAUCGCCGCAAGGUGCUUUUGCUGUCCCUGCCUCUCUGAGACCUGGUCCAGUGCCAGGCAGAGAGUCGCGCUCGACCAGCAGCAGCCCACCCGGACCCGCAAGGAACAUGCUCCCUCCUCAGAGUCCUGUUCACGCCCAGUACCCCGCGUCCCCUCCGCAGUCGCCGAGUCCGCCUCUACCCCCGCUUCCUGGCCCUCAAAUGACUCAGAACGCCGCGCCGGCCGCACCAUACCACUACGUCCCAGCACCUGUAUCGCAUCAGUAUGCUCCGGCACCUGCACCGCAUCACGGCGCGCAACCGGCCGCGACCUAUGGCCAUGUUCCUCCUACAUUCCAGAGCCAGGCGCCGCACUCCCGACCUCAAUCAUAUGCGCAAUAUUACCCUUCAGAAAGCUCACAAGCCCCGCCGCAGUUCCCCGUUGCAUCUUUCCCCGUCCCACAGACAGGUCCAUCACGCCCACAUCCAGGACCAGUGAAUCCAGAGCGGUACACUACGCCGCUUCCUCUCCCAGACGAGCCGGAGGGCGUACACACGCCCACUCCGGCACAUCCUCAGCCUCAUCUCAACCCGCCGGUACCCGCACCUGCGCCCGCUCAGGACCCGCGAAAGGCUGCGCUCACGCGCAGCCUGGAGCAAGAGGAGCGCGACAAGCUUCUCGCGCUAGAGCUCGAGCGUGAGGAAGAGGCGACGCGGCGUGAAGCCGAGGAACGCGAACGAGUCGAUGCAGAGCUGGCCAAGAAACUCGACAUGGAGCUAAACCUUGUCGAUGAGGGGGAUGGGAGCGGACAGGCCGAGGCUGCACAGAGCGCACCUACUCCGAGUCGGGAACGCAGAGCGGAUUCAGGCUCUACCGUCCAUAUCCCCGGUGCCUGGUAAACGUUGAAGGUGAUCGUCGAGGAACCGAGGAUUCCUCUGGUACGGCUCGUCAUUGUCGACCUCUUGGUCUGUGCUGCAUUUCAGACUAGUGGCACAACUUCGACUUCGAUAGGGGCUCAUCUAGCGACCUGCAUGUAGAAGUCUGCGAAUACCCCGUCGCGCCACGUAUCCUUUGCACGUCGCCCGUAUCUGAACUGAACAUCAGCUCACCGCG